AUGGAGGGGAUUGAAGAAGCAAAUUGUGCCGCUGUAGAGAGUUCUCAUAGAGUGCUUGGUCUUGUAUCAUAUCCCGAAGGUGAGCAUCAGUUAAGGAGUUUAGUUGAACAAACAGGGGAGGCAAUACACAAGUUUAAGAAAGUUGUUUCUCUUCUUAAUUCUAGUUGUGGUCAUGCUAGAGUCAGAACAUCGAAGAAAAUUCAAUCCCCUUUCACUCAAAACCUCUUUCUUGAAAACCCAAUCUGUCGAACAGAUGAUCAACCAAAACCCCUUCAUCUCCUUCAAACCAAUUCUGUCGAAAACCACCCAAUUCAAGAAAGGGGAUCCAAUGUCAAGAGUGAUCUCACAUUGGGGAACUAUUCUUUGGAAUUGAGCUCACACAGCAAAAAUCCUCUUCAACAAUCCCAGCAAUCAGCAAUUCAAAAUUAUCAUUUUCCCGAAGAGCAGCUGCAGUGUCAACAGCAAAGGUACCAACAGCGGUUGAAACAGCAGGCUGAACUGAUGUAUUGUCAUAGUAAUAGUGGCAUUAGUCUGAAUUUCGAUAGGUCUACCUGUACUCCUACCAUGUCGUCCACAAGGUCUUUUAUCUCUUCCUUGAGCAUAGAUGGAAGUGUUACUAAUUUGAACGGAAAUGCCUUCCAUUUUGUCGGGGCAGCUCGAUCUGCUGAUCAGAACUCAUACCAACAUAAGAGAAGGUGUUCUGGAAGGGGAGAGGAUGGAAGUGGGAAAUGUGGAAGUAGUGGUCGAUGCCACUGCUCAAAGAAGAGGAAGCAUCGGGUGAAAAGAUCAAUCAAAGUACCUGCCAUAAGCAACAAGUUAGCUGAUAUACCCCCUGACGAGUAUUCAUGGAGGAAGUAUGGACAGAAGCCCAUCAAAGGUUCUCCUCACCCAAGGGCACCGGCUAAGAUUGGUGCAUGCAGCGGCGUUAGCAAAACGUCGAUAGCGAGCAGGGAGAAGGAGAAGCCAAGAGUGAAGACUGUGAUUUUGGACUUUGGAACUGGGUUAAAAGGGCCUAACUCUCUCAACCCAAAACAAAUGGACCAAAGCUGA